UUAGCUCGAUAUUUGCUCUCUUCCAACAUACCAAUAGUUGAAAAUAGUCCAACUUUCCAACAGACUUGUACUUAUAAUCAAUCGGAGAAAGAUGGUCGGAGAAAGUCCGCGAAAUGAAGUCAGUGAAAACUCUGCGACUUAAGCUGCGCCAGUCGAGACUGUGAUGGCGAGCCUUGAAGACGGAGGGAUGAAACCGAGCGACGUGGACAUCAUUGUCCCACCUGCGGAUGGGAAAGACCCGUCCCAGCCGGCAGCUGGCCUGUCCUCCCCGUUCUGGCGCCUGCCAGUCAUUCACGGCUGGACACGGCGCGAGGUUCUCCUGUCAGCUGCUGCAGUGCUCGCCCUUGUGUUGGUCCUGAUUCUGACCAUAGUGUCUGCCACCAUUGGAUCAUCCAUGUCGUCACAACCUCUCCUAGCUGAUAUCUGUACGGACACAAAUUGUCUGGAAGCUGCUUCUAACAUGUUACAAAACAUGAACAAGUCGGUGGAGCCAUGCGAUGACUUCUAUACGUACUCCUGUGGGGGGUGGAUCAAGUCCCACCCCAUCAUCCCUUGGGAGGUUGAGGGCAGGAGCGUGUUUAGUGACAUCCGGGAGAAGAACGAGGAGAAGCUGAGGCUGCUGCUGGAGGCCCCGGUACAGAGGGACACUCCGGCUUCCUUUGAGAGGAAACUCAAGCACUUUUUCAUGUCCUGCUUGGAUGACUACGGACAGGAGAAGCAGAAAGGCGACCCGCUUCUUGCCGUCCUCCAUCAGCUCGGUGGUUGGUACGUUAUCAACACGUGGGAUGAAGCCUCCUGGAACAUGAACACGGCUGUCAGGAAGGUUCAGCUGGACUUCUGGAUCAGUACCUUCUUCAGCAUCAGCACGACCGUGGACACCAUGGACAGAUCCAGGAACAUGAUCAGGAUUGAUCGAUCAGGCCUGAUCUUCAAUCCGAAUGUGUACAUCAGGACGAACCAGCCAGUGUACGCGCGGGCCAUGACCUCAUACCGGACCCUGCUGGAUGCCAUCUCCCGGCUCCUGGUGCGAGACGCCGGACAGGAGCCGAACGACGCGAAGAUCCUCACGUUUGUCAAUGAUGUUACACAGUUCGAGACGGAGCUGGCAAACAGAUACGUCAACUCCCAGGGCCCUUCAUCAAAUAACCCACUGGACAACAGGAUCAGCAUCCGGGACCUUCAGAUCAGGGCCGGAGCAAUCAACUGGCGCGACCUGUUCAGCUACGUAGUCACAGACCCGGCAACGCCCAUCACAGAUGACACCGAGGUGCUGUUGUACUAUCAGGAUUACAUCGUCCAGGUGUCGAACUACAUCCUCAGUCUACAGACUAACAAUGAUUUAAGGAUUUUCUAUAACUACAUGUUAUGGCGGCUGAUGUUGGUGUACCAUCAACACCUGUCCUGGGACUACAUCCACGCCUACAGGGAGUUCUAUGUGGCCGUUACUGGCAGGCAGGAGUUCCUGGGAACGUGGCUUUAUUGUUUCCGCUUUACUGACGCCAACAUGGGCUGGGCCCUCGGCUCGCUUUUCAUUAGAGACCACUUUGCUGACGACAACAAAGCUAAGGUUGAAGAACUCGCCAUAAGAAUCAAGCUGAAGGCCAUUGACGAGUUGAGCCAGGCGACAUGGAUGGACCAGGACACCAGGGACGCGGCAAAGGCAAAGAUUCUCAGUAUCAAAGAUAGUCUGGGGUACCCGCUGGACCUACUCGAUGACAGUGGACUGGACGAUUACUACAUGGGGCUGACGGUGAACUAUACCGACCAUUUUGCCAACGUUAUAAAUGCUGCAGCCUUUCAGAAGACUUUCUUUGGAAGGAGACUGGCAAAGAAAACGCAUCUCUAUGAGUGGGAUGUGAAAACCUACAGCACAUUUGGAAACUACCUGUAUGCAUACAAUGAACUAGUGUUCCCCGCCGGUAUCUUGCAGUUCCCCAUAUUUGACGCUGAGCACCCCCAGUACAUGAAUUACGCUGCUGCUGGCACGAUCAUUGGGCGCGAAGUCAUCAACGCCAUCGACGAUGUUGGUGGCUAUUAUGGGAUAGAUGGCGCGGCCAAUGAUUGGUGGAGCCCUGACACCAGGUCCAACUACGCCGAGAGGAAAGCCUGCGUGUCGGACUACUACAGUAACAUGACAGUCAAGGCAUAUCCAGAGAUAGACCCGUAUCCUGUUCAAGGCGCCCGUAUAGCGACAAGUGCAAUAGCGGAGACACAUGGACUGCGGCUGGCCUACAUGGCAUACAAAGACUGGGAAGGAGAGUACGGACAGGAGAAACUCCCCCUUGGAGUGCACGGAUCCAGCGACCAGGCGUUCUUCUUGUCGUACGCUCAGAUGUACUGUGCAGCCAACACGUACAUAGGUAGGUGGCGCCAGACGGUGGCCUUUGGAUCUGCACCGGAAGACGUCAGGGUGUUUGGCGUACUUCAACAGACAAGAGAAUUUACACAGGCGUUCCAGUGCAGUCUUAAUGACAACAUGAACCGGGAAGACAGAUGCCAAGUGUUUUGAUACGCGCAACUACACCAGUCACCAACAAGAUGUCUUACUUUGUCGUGAAUAUGUCACUACUACUAGUCCAAAGUGGUUACCACGCAGCUGCACCAUUGCGAAUCAUUGUUUACGGUGGUCUUUACAUUGCCCGAUCUCCCCAGUCCCAAAUUGGCUUUUCCCAAUUAUUCACCCCAAAUAAAGAACGGAUUAGAUAACGUAUGUAACGUUAUAUAUAUAUGUGGUGUGAAAACAAAUAAGAAACAAACAAAAUCCAUUUAAAAUCAAUAAUAAUCAAUGAGUAUCAAACUUUUCAAUGAGAGACGUAGGUAUACACUGAUGCCACAGACAUCCAAAGAGCAUAUUUCAUCAUCGGAUUUAUACAAGUAAUACACACGCAUAGGAGAAAAAAGAGUAAUUUUAAGUAUACAUGUAGUAUUUGCCAAAACUGUGAAAUAAGCCAUAUGAAUACUCACAUUGCAACGUCAUGCCAAAUUCCUGUCAUUUGGUUUUAAUGUCAGGGGAAAUGAUCGAAGCACCAAAUAUGUGUUAAAAUGAAAUCCUAAAGUUGUCUAUACCGCAAAUGUGAGUGAAACCGUUUGUUGAUACAUGCAAACAUGUGAUUAAACAUAGAAAAUGCACCUCUAUACCACAUUUCAGUGCAAUUUUCUUCAAUAUCGCGACAAAGCAACAAGUACACAUUUUGGUCUGAAUACAACUCUAGAUCUCUACUUAUAAUCAGAUCUCUUUUAUACUAGUUUGUGCCAGCUACAUUGUUUGCUGAUCUGUUUUGAUGUUUCUGAUGUUCCUGUUUUUUAUGGCUGUACCAUGUGUAAAAUAGGGGGUAGGUGAGAAAUGAUAUCAAUGUUAUUUACAGAAUUUACCGUUGUUUUACGUUGGUAAUUUAAUUCUUGCUUACUUCAUUAACCAUCACGUUCAAAUGAAUCUGUCUAUAUCACUGCAAGAAAGUUCUUUAGAAUCGAAUAAAAAAAAAACCUCCAAGUACUGGUAACGAUACAUAAAAUCGGCCAACUGGGAACCUUACAGGAAAAAUGCGAUGUUAAUGACCUGGGUUAUGGAGAAAAUUGUGCCUUCUCAUUGGUCGACGUAGUCUGGCUAUAUGAUAAUAGCUAAUCAUUGUGCCUAGUCAUCAUACAGCUGGGACCAACUUUGCUCAUUUCUUUUUUGCUCCUCAUUUGCAUGUUUGGUAUCUUUUUUUGUUCAAUUAGUCCUGAAUUACUAGCCUCUACCAGGCUUCGUGGAUCGGUGGUCUAAUUGUACAAAUUGGACAAAUAGAGUCUAUAGUACGCUAGGGAAGUUAGCCGGCCAGAAGAGUACGUUUCCUCACCACGUGGUGAGGAUAAUGAUUCUACCGAUCCAAGAAGCCUGGCAGAGGCUACUGAAUUACAUGGUCGUGUCACAAGCUGAUGUUCCGAAUAACGUUACAUGCACUCAACAGAAGAAUGAACAUGUGGUUAUGUUGCUAUAUAACUAUAACGUUAUGUCGCUAAUUGAGACCACUAUAGUAGAUAGUUAUCCUAAUUCACGAUGAGUUUAGUUUUAGAUGAAUAAAAAAUUAUUUGUACGCUGUA